UGUGUAAGGCAAGCGGGACAGAACGGCUGGAAGUCGAGGCACGGCUCGUGAGUGUAGCGUGGACGAGUUGUCGAUCCCCUUCCUCCUCCUCCUCCUCCAUUUCGAAUUGUAGAUCAAGUUGCUAGCAAUGUUUCCAUGAAAUACAAUUGUGAGAGAAUUGGUGCUAACAAUCUGGCAUUAGAGUCGUUCCGACUCUGGAUCUUCUGGUUCACCGCCAUCACACCAUGCUUGCCGACCGCCGUCGAGCUGAAGCCAUGGACCGGAUCUCGUCAGAGACUAAGGCAAUCUACGAUCUUCCUCGGGCCGAUCUCGACGCCGCCCUGUCGAAGACCACGUCCGAGAAGAGCGAGGAGAUGGUCGCCGCCCUCGCCAAGCUGGACUCCAAGCUGGAUCAACUUUCAAGAUGCAUCGACGCGGUCAAACUCGGCAUUGUUCUCGACCUCGACGAACUCCACGAAGAACUCAUGACUGACUGCAGUGCCGCAUCGUCACGAACCACGCCGCCAUCACCACGACCUCCGCCUGCGACUACCAAGCAAGCCCUGCCAGGUAGCGGAUCCGCUGGCCAAGAAGAAUUCCACAACGAUUCUGAUCAGCAAAGCACAAGACCAAGACGACAACACCGCCCCUUCCGAUGGGUUCUAUGUAGAACUCGACGACGACGAGUGACUUGCCACCCAGGUGGUGAUCUACGCUUGUGAAGGGCCUAC